CAUGGACACGUGAAAAUUUGGUGUGACGGACCAGUCAAAAGCUCUCUUGGCAAUUUGUGGAAAGGGAUACGAAUUGCAGCCACAGUCGAGCUCAAGUUUGGUCAAUGUGUUGAAAACGACAAGUUUGGAUUAUUACGGCUAUCAUGAUGACCGGCUAUGAUCAUUUUGCCACCCCCGCCCUGUCUGGCCAUCAAUUGGAUCCCUCGUAUCUCAACAACCCCCAUCACCUUCAGCUCCACGACUUUGGCCAACCGCAUCCCGUACCCCAAGGAGGAGGAGGGGGAGGAGGAACCACAAGUACCAACCACCACCAUCACCACCUUCUGCACAACCACCAUUCCCAUCAUCCGAUACACCAACAUCACUCCCACCAACAGCAACAGCAACACCACUCGUCUGGGGCGUCACACUUGUCCAUGAUGCCCGUUUCGAAUGACUCUUCAUUGAAUAACUCACUUCAUCAUGGUGGCACGCCCUUUGACGACUCUCACGCAAUCAUGACUGACGAAGAAUUAGCCUCCCUCAAUAUCAAGGACUUGAAUCGGAAGCUCAAGGAGAAAGGACUCUCCAAGUCGAUUAUCGAGAAGCUCAAGCAACGACGAAGGACCUUGAAGAAUAGGAAAUACGCCACUGACUGCCGCGAGAAGAAAGACGUGGAAGUCCACCAUCUGGAAGGGUCCAAAGAAUCCGAAGAGACCGAAUUGUCUAUGCUUGAGAACGACAAUAAGACUCUCCGCAAUCAAGUGAAAGAGCUCAAGCAAGAAUACGCCCGAUCCCUCGAGUUUGCCCGCAAGAACAAUAUCGAACUCAAGCCACGAAAUGUGCCCAUGAACGAUGUGAUCAAGUCUGAAUAG